UUUUGUUAUAAAAUUGAAACAAAAUUCAAAUAUUUGUGCGAAAUGGCUUCAAACUCUAUAGCUCAUAUUGUCAGCCCGUUCAAGUUCAUGCUGCUCCUCAUGAACAUCAUGCUGGUGAUUUCUAUAUGACAUAUGAGGGACGAAUUUAUAUACUCGGGACUCAGAGUAGAAUACGGUAGUAGUAGCCAGGAGUAUAAGGAUGCAGAUACACAAUUCAUAGUUUGUCUGACCCUAUUCCUAGUAUGCAACUGACUUCAACUCCUGAUUGUAUUCUUGGGGAUCAACCUCUUCCUUGACGUCACUAAUAUGAUCCUUAGUUUCAUCCACGCUGCAGGAGUUCUAAGUCUGUAUAGCUACAUUAUGAAUUCAUGGACACAUGGAUUCAUGUGGAAUCUCUUCAUUCCCUUCGGAGUAUUCCCCUUGCUGUUGGAAGGAGUAAUGUGCUUCUAUUCCUGGUCCCAUUUCAAGAUCGACUAAUCAGCACUAAGAUCAUAAAAUCGGCCCUUAAGAAAUAAUUAAGUUGCCAUAAUAAUUCAGCUGUU